AUGGAGGCAGAAUUACUGGCCACCUAUGCUCGGUGUGCUACACGAGAUGCUCUCAUUGGGGCGGGUGAGGUCGAAACCCACCUCACCUAUUCGACCCUCGCUCAACAAGUCAAGGCCUUGCAGCAGACUUUACAGUCCCACGGAAUCAAUCGUGGCACGAUUGUUGCCGCAGUCUUCCCGAAUUCGAUGGUGUUGGCUCUUGUCUUCCUUGCUCUGCUCGCCUGCGACGCUACGAUUGCGCCGCUGGAUCCCAAGCUGAAAGCCGACGAAUACAAGUAUGAUCUAGAAGAUCUACGGAUUGAUUUCGUGCUCGCUCCCAGCAACGUGUUGAGCUCAGAGAACGAUCUAACUGCUGUGACAAAGUCAUUGUCGUGUGGAGUCUUGGCAUGUGCCUUCGGUGCCGAGGAGGUAAAAGUGGAUGUUGUUCGUGCCGGAUUACCACAUCCCAAUAGUUCCAGCAACCGGGACAGCCACGAACCAACUGCGUUGAUAUUGCAUACAUCGGGUACGACCGGUAAACCAAAAAUUGUCCCACUCACCGCACAAAAUUUGCUGGCUUCUACCCAUAAUGUAAUUGAAACCUACAAUCUUAGCAAGGACGACCGGACGAUCUUGCUAAUGCCAUUGUUCCAUAUCCAUGGCAUCGUUGCGGGAUUUCUGGCCCCUCUUCUCUGCGGCGCAGGGCUUGUGAUACCGGAGAGGGGUCUUGCAGGUGAUUUCUGGGAGCUAUACAUGCGACAUGGCGCCAACUGGUGGACUGCCACUCCAACGCAUCAUAGAACGAUCCUACAGUUGAAGCGGCCUCCCGAAGCGAAGGUUCGAUUCAUACGCUCUUGCUCCUCCGCGCUUUCUCCAAUUGAUGCUGAAAAAUUAGAGGAAGCUCUGCAGGCACCCGUUCUGCAGGCGUAUGCAAUGACUGAGAACGCACAUCAUAUCUCCUCAACCAAACUUGGAGAGCCACGGGAGCCUGGUACAGUCGGCUUCCCUCCGUCCGACCUAGAACUUAGUAUCCUCGACGAAGCCGACAACACAGUGCCGCCUGGUCAAGUCGGUCAAGUCGCAAUCAAGGGUGCAUCGUCCAUGAACGGGUACCGCAACAAUGAGGAAGCAAACGAGAAAUCCUUCACAUCCUCCGGACUGUUCAAAACAGGCGAUCAAGGCAAGCUCGACGAAGAGGGCUGUUUGACCUUGACAGGCAGGUUGAAAGAAAUGAUCAACAAGGGUGGCGAAACCAUCAGCCCGACCGCAUUGGACAGCGUCCUCCUAAACCAUAGCGCGAUCAAGGAGGCCGUGGCUUUCGCGGUCCCUGAUGACGUCUUCGGAGAAGACAUAGGUGUCGCAGUCGUCCUCGAGGAGCACUCAUCUCUAAGCCGAGCGGAGUUGGUUGAGUGGAUGAGGGAGAGAGUAGCAGAGGCAAAGGUGCCGAGGACCAUCUGGUUCGUGGAUCACAUUCCUAAAACGGCUACUGGUAAGCUUCAGCGCAUAGCUGUUGCGCGCGAGAUGCUGCAGAGUCCUCAGGAGCAGCCGAAG